AUGUCUGAUGCACCCGAGGGCAUGGUCGCGAGCGUUCUCCCGACAAGAUGGAACCGAGAAUUCGAAAAGGUCGCCAACGACCUCUGCCCCGAAUUGCACAGAUGGGCUCGCACACCUCAGCGAGUUAUCAAGUUUGACCAAGACGACACCCAGUACUUUGGUGUUCGUGCUGCGCCGGCGGAAUGCACUAUCGACCAGCUUCCGUCCAAGACUUGGGGAAAGGGAGAUGAAUUCAUUCUCGACUUCGGCGUCCACAUGGUGGGAUACAUAUCGUUUCGUCUCGAGUCCCGAGGAUCGCACAUGGACGCACCUUGCAGGUUGCGCCUUACCUUUGGCGAGUCUCCGUUUGACGUGACCUUGGGCAUGGACAACGUCAAGACUUGGAUCAGUACCAGCUGGCUCCCGGACGAGGUCAUCAACAUCGACAUGUGCCCUGAGCUAGUGACAUUGCGCCGCCGGUACUCCUUCCGAUUUCUCCGAGUUGAAGUCGUCGACACAUCACCACUGUUCAAGGUUGUCUUUUCGGAUAUCAAGUGCGAGUGUGUGAGCGCCGUCAGCCAGACGCAUUCACUGGAGGCGCUGGACUUUGGUGAUGAGCUUCUCCGGAAGAUUGACCAUGUCAGCAUCUCAACCUUGAGAGACUGCAUGCAGACAGUCUUCGAAGAUGGCCCUCGUCGCGAUCGCCGACUAUGGAGCGGAGACCUUCGGUUACAAGCUCUCGCAAACUACAGCACUUUCAAAGACUUCAACCUCGUCAAGCGCUGCAUCUUCCAGUUUGCGGCCGUGGUUCGCGAAGAUGACUCGGUGCCUGCAUGCAUCUUUGAGCAGCCGCAACUGACGCCUUCAUCUGACUACAUCGUCGACUACGACGCUCUCUUUGCGGCUAUUGUCAACGACUAUGUGGUGGCAUCGGGUGACACCGCUGCCGGCCACUACCUGUGGCCGACCGUGCUUGGAUGCGUCAAACGAGCGAUAUCACACCUGGACCCUGAAACUCAUGCCUUUGAUGAAACGAAGGGUGAGGGAUGGAAGUUCCUCGAUUGGCAACCCGGCUUGGAACAUAGCGCGGGCGAGCAUGGUGUCCUCCUGUACUGCCUCAAGGCGGCGAAUGCUCUGGCCAAGGUCCUCGGCAAGGAAGCCCCUUUUGUGGAUCUCGUGGCCCAAAUGACCGAAGCAGCGAAGGUUUUUCUUUCACCAGAAAACGUCUUCGUAUCUGGCCCCAAGGGUCAAGUGAGCUAUGCCUCAGCAUCAUGGCUGGUCCUGGCCGAGGCCUUCCCAAAGGAUGUGGCGCAGACUGCGCUGCUCAAUACCCUUUCUCAUCCUGAAGCUCUCAAGCCCCUCACACCCUAUCUAUGGCAUCACGUAUGCGAUGCUCUUGCAACCGUGAGAUGUUAUGAUAAGUGUAUUGAGAUCAUGACAGAUUAUUGGGGAGGAAUGGUCAAGGCUGGCGCUGAUACGUUUUGGGAGUGUUACAACCCGGCAGACCCAAAGGCGAGUCCUUAUGGCGAUGCCAGAAAUAACAGCUUCUGUCAUGCCUGGAGUUGUACCCCUACCUACCUGCUAAGAGGGAAGCUGAAAGAGUUCGUGGGUGUGAAGGGUACGAAGACGGUGACCAUGGGUGGCUUGGAUGAUAGCUGGAUCCAGUCUCAAGUGAGCUGA